CCAUUGACCACUCCGCCGUUCAAAUUACGGUGUGCCUUGAUACCUCUUCAAUUAGGGGUGUGUCUUCAAGCGUCCUCCACCAUGACUGAUCCCGCCUUGCAAAUUCCCGAAGUCAUCCAGACGGCCUCUGUCAACCCGGAACCGUCUCCGGAACACGACGUCAAUCCUCCAACUGCGGCCUCCGAGAAGCAACCCGCCGUGGAGCAUGCGCCCUCAGAGGCAGGCAGUAUUCCUUCCGACGUCGUUGACCCCCACAGAAUGAUCAGGCCCAUUUCACGGCGGCACCAACUCCCCCCACUACCUGAUUUGCGGUUUGAACAGAGUUAUCUCGCCAGCUUGCGGGGGGCUGAUACCUGGGGUCGAGUGGCUUGGAUCACGAUUAGAGACCAGGUCCUCCUUCCUCUGAUCCAAGGUACCGUCUGGACUCUAGCCCUCUCUGGCUGGCGUUUCUGGAACCGCAACGCGUCCCUCAGUGGACAGACACUCGGUAGCAAGAUACGGAGAUGGUGGUAUGAUGUAAACGACUGGAAGCUUCCUCUCCUCAGGUCAGCUAAGAACGAUCGCCUGGCUGCGAACGUGGAAGACUUUUUGCAGUUCUACACGGCCCAGUUCUCAAAUGCAGGUGCUGACUAGGUUCCCUGGUCUUUGAAUCAUUUGGUUACUACUCAAUAUAUUAUGUGGUUGUAGGUCUGCAUUUCGGGUGUUCAGCGUACGGCGUUCAGAACAGCAAGCAUCCAUCUUAGCUUGGGCUUUCCUUUCAUACACUCUUCCAGUCUCGCUGGAUCCUGAGAGAUUCCAGGCGCCUGCCGUUUAUCUCAAGCUUGCAAAUUCAGUAAUGUACAUAGCGCAUAGCCCCAGCAAGCGGUUAUAUCAAAUCUCAUGUUGUAAGACAGUUCCU